AUGAGCCACCGGUGGGCUCGAUCAGCCACCGAAGACUACGUUGGAUCAGUGGAAACCAUGAACUUCAUACUCUUGGUGCAAUUGGUGAUGAUCGAUGCGUUGUUAUACUGGUUGGCACAUUAUGUCCAUUAUUCGAAAAAUGCGGUAUUGCUCAUGGCUCAACUCCUGGACAUCACAAUAUUAAUCGUCAUAAUUUUCAUGAUUGCCGAAAUGAUUUUCGGCGUCGAGUUGUUGCGUUCGGGUCGUCCGAGACGAAAUUGAAAUUUCUUCCUGUGUCUCAAAUUAUCUUCCGCGAUUGUGUGAACGUGUAUGAACAAGAGCCUCGGUUGAAGGGAGUGA